AUGAAGUACAUUCAGACUGAGCAAACUCUAGAUAUCCCUGAAGGUGUUGUUUUGAACAUCAAGUCCAGAAUCGUUAAGGUUACUGGUCCAAGAGGCUCUUUGGAAAAGAACCUAAAGCACAUCGAUGUUACUUUCAACAAGAUCUCAGACAGAAAGCUCUCCAUCGUUGUGCAUAACGGUGACAAGAAGCACGUCGCUGCCUUAAGAACUGUCAAGUCUUUGGUCAGCAACAUGAUCACCGGUGUCACCAAGGGCUACAAGUACAAGAUGAGAUAUGUCUACGCGCAUUUCCCAAUCAAUGUUAACGUUGUCGAAAAUGAUGGUGCUAAGUUCAUUGAAAUCAGAAACUACUUGGGUGACAAGAAGGUCAGAUCUGUGCCAGUUAGAGAGGGUGUUAGCGUCGAGUUUUCUACCAACGUGAAGGACGAAAUCGUGUUGUCCGGUAACUCGAUCGAGAACGUCUCCCAGAACGCUGCCGACAUUCAACAAAUCUGUCGUGCCAGAAACAAGGAUAUCAGAAAGUUCUUGGAUGGUAUCUACGUUUCUGAGAAGGGCGUGAUUGACGAAGACGCUUAA